UUUGCGGUUAAAAACGCGUUCCGUGUUCCAAAAUCGUUGUUAAAAGUGGGAAAGUCUGCAAAGUGCUCAUCAAACAUAGCCCCAACAAGCUAAAAGAACCAGAAAAUCGGGUCAGAGAGCAGGAUACAACAGCCCUACUGGGGUUAUUCCUCAUUAAACUAGAAGGAAAAGAAGUCGAGGAAGCUGAUAAUCAACGAUCCACGAUGAGCGCGAAACCCAAUUACAUGACCACCUUCGUGAACCCGGCGCGACACAAUGAAAUUCAGAGAUCGCUCACCGCCGCUAAAGUGUACGAAAAUUUGGAGUACCGGAAGCCCUCGCGAAAAAGAAUUUCCACAGAGCCGGUAAAACAGAAACGGAAGCUAUCCCGGAGAGAGGUCAAAGAGCUGGGUCUGUACGCGCUGCCGAGUGAUACGGUGCAGUACAAAGACGCCGUUCCACUGCAUCGGCUUUGGUGCGGCUACUUUUCCAAGUUCUUCCAGUCUCAGGGAACACCGGAUGUAACGGAUAGCUCGUACAACAUGAUUGUGGCAAGCCUCUUGAAGGCAGACUACCACGGGGCCAAGGUAACCGUCGUCCGGUCGAAGCAACCGUCCGUCGUUGGUGUGAAAGGAAUCGUCGUGCUGGAUACAAAGGGCACAUUCAAAAUCGUCUCCAAAGAUAAUCGACUGCGAACGAUUCCAAAGAACGAUUCUGUGUUUGAGAUACAAUCCAGGGAAAACGUGGUAACUCUAUUCGGCAAGCAUCUGAAUGCACGGCCUGCAGAAAGAUCCGUUCGAAAAAUCAAAGUGUUCUCGCUGCCAGAUCUAUAGCAUGUACGUAGAUAUGAUUGUUUUUUUUUUGUAAAAAAUGAAAUAUACAAAAAUAAGAAUCGCCUUACAUGGAA